AUGGCUAGCUUCGCUUCACAGAUUUCCCUUCUUUUGUUGUUUCUGUUAUUUGCAACAACAUUAAACAGGGUGAUGAGUUGCAAUGAAAAUGAUCAAAGGUUGCUUUUAAUCUUCAAACAAGGAGUGGUUGAUCCAACCAACCAACUCUCAUCUUGGAGUGUUGAAGAAGACUGCUGUUUAUGGGAGGGAGUUCACUGCCACAACAUCACCGGAAGAGUCACAGAGCUUUCUCUCUUCAAUCAUUCAUUAGGAGGUGAGAUUAGUCUGUGUGUGCUUCAACUUAAAUUUCUCAACCACGUGGACUUGAGCGACAAUGACUUUGAAACUGUGAGUAUGCCACCAUGCCAAAUCUCCAAAUCUCCCUUUGAUGCUCACAAUUUUCACAACCAAUCACUUGCUACUCCUUCCAAUCACUCUGCAAGUUUCUCUGUUGCUCUGCGUUAUCUGAACUUUUCAUAUAAUCAUGGUUUAGCCAUAAAUGACCUUUAUUGGCUUUCUCAACUUUCUUCCUUAAAAUAUCUUGACCUUAGUGACAGUGAUAUUGGAGAUGAUACCAAAUGGCUCCAGCAUAUAGCCAUGCUUCCUUCACUCUUUAAGUUACACUUAAGUGGGUGUAGACUUAGAGAUUUUCCAUCCCUUGAUUAUAUCAAUCUUACCUCACUUGAAGUUCUUGAUCUUUCUUAUAAUUAUUAUAUAGUGAAGUCAAAGUUACCUGAUUCAUUUUUUAAUAUCACCCAUCAAAUCCAUCAUCUUGACCUUGGUUUUUGCAAUUUACAUGGCCAAUUACCAAAGUCCUUGCUCAAUCUUCAGAACCUCAAGUAUUUAGAUUUUAGUUUUAAUAAUCUUGAAGGAUUGAUUUCAGAUUGGUUAGGCCAAUAUGAACAGUUGCAAUACUUGGAUAUCAGAGGUAAUUUGUUUGAUGGCGUAAUUCCAUCAUUUCUUGGAAACAUUUCUUCCUUGCUCUACUUAGACUUGUCCUGCAACCAAUUGAGUGGCAACCUUUUAGAAACCCUUGGACAACUCCGUAACUUAAAUCUAUUACAUGUUGGACACAAUUCCUUGGUGGGUGCUCUUACUGAAAAGAAUUUUGCUAAUCUCUCAAAUUUAAUAUCACUGGACUUAAGUUCAACAAGUUUUGAAUUUGACAUUGAUCCUAAAUGGGUCCCACCUUUUCAACUCAAGGCAUUGUAUUUGGGUAACACGAGCAUAGGUCAUAAUGUUUCACCAUGGCUAUAUACACAAAGGUCUUUAAGUGAUUUGAAUAUUUCAGCAUCAGGAAUUUCAAACAUUGAUGCAGAUGUAUUUUGGAGCUUUAUAUCAAGAAUUGGUAGAGUUGAUAUUUCAAACAACUUGAUUGGUGGUGAUAAUAUAUCCAAUGUCAUUAUAUCAGCAAAUAUGUCCUACUUUGAUGCAUCUCACAACUCUUUGUCAGGAUCUAUCUUCUCAUUAUUGUGCCAUCAAGAGAGUGAAAAGGAAACCAACUUGGAGGUGUUGGAUUUAUCACAUAAUAAUUUGAGUGGAACACUUCCCGAUUGUUGGAACAAUUGGAAAAAAUUAAAAUACCUUAAUUUGGGGAGUAACAAGCUAACAGGUAAAGUCCCUGCCUCAUUGACUUCAUUGAAUCUUUAUAAGUUGGAUUUGAGUGACAAUGGUUUCUUUGGAAAAUUUUCAUUAGACAAGCUAAAUUGGACAAAUUUGGAAUACUUGCUUUUAGACCGAAAUAAGUUUUCUGGAAGUUUGCCAAUUCCAAUGGCGGAGAAUUUGGGAAUUAUUAAAUUGAGGACCAAUCAAUUUACUGGCAAUAUUCCAACAAUCUUGUGCGAACUUUCUUAUUUGAACAUAAUCGAUCUUGCUGAAAAUAAGCUUUCUGGAUCUAUACCUCACUGCCUACGCAUCAUCGAACAUCUACCUGAUCUUCCUUUUUGGGCCAAACAUCUACCUUAUAUCAUAGAUCAGUCUAUUGCAAUAGUGCACAUAUUUACUAAAGGAAGUAAAUUAGCCUAUCAAGUUGAUAGUUUUCUAAGUUUUGGACGUGGCAUUAUUGAUCUUUCUGCUAAUAGCUUGUCUGGAGAAAUUCCUGAAGAACUGGUUAGUAUGAGUAAAAUAUUAUCCUUGAACUUGUCUCGAAACUAUUUGACUGGAAAAAUUCCCAAAGAAAUUGGAGGCAUGAAAUACUUAGAAUCUCUUGAUCUCAGCUACAAUAAACUUCUCGGAGAAAUUCCUUCAACCAUCUCUAAUGUGUCAUUUCUUGCUUAUUUGAACCUCUCAUACAACAAUUUCAUCGGGCAAAUUCCAUCGGGAACCCAAAUUCAAAGUUUUGAUUCUUGGAGUUUUCUUGGCAAUCCCGAACUUUGUGGAGAUCCUCUUCCAAAGAAGUGUAACAAAAAGGAAGAAACUCAUGGCUCAAAGCUAGCUGAAGAAGAUGAAGAUGACAGCUUUCUAAAGUCAUUGUAUCUUGGCAUGGGGGUUGGAUUUGCAGUGGGCUUUUGGGGAGUUUGUGGCAUAUGUAAAACAAACAAUGCGAUUCGUUGCAACGAGAAUGAUCGAGGACCACUCUUGAUCUUCCAACAAGGAGUGGUGGAUCCUUUAAACAAACUCUCUUCAUGGACUAGUCCUGAAGAUUGUUGUUUGUGGUCUGGAGUUCUGUGUGAUAUCAAUGGCAGAGUUGCAGAGCUUGAUCUAGCUCGCCAUGGCUUACAAGGUGGGAUUAAUCUAUCUCUUCUUCAACUUGAACUUCUCAUAAACUUGGAUCUGAGCCAUAAUCGAUUUGAAUUUGUGAGUAUUCCUCAACGCCAUUAUGAGUUGAGAGAUUUUUCAUCCCUCAGCUAUGUCAAUUUGACAUCACUGGUAACUCUUGAUCUUUCUCACAACAUGCUCAACUCAGAAUUACAUAAUUCACUCUUUGAUUUUACACAAAAACUAUCUCAUCUUGAGCUUUCUGACAAUGAUUUCUAUGGUCAAAUGCAGUAUUUUGACACCUAUGGUAAUUUGUUCAGCGGCUCUAUUCCAUCAUGUCUUGGAAAUAUUUCUUCCUUGAUUUCCUUAGAUUUGUCCCAUAAUCAUUUCAGUGGAAAUCUUCCCAAAAACCUUGGAGAGCUCCAUAACUUAGAAUCUUUAGGCAUUGGUGGCAAUCAUUGGGUGGGAGUUAUUUCAAAAAAGAAUUUUACCAAACUCUCAAAAUUGACAUGGUUAGACCUGAGUUCAAGUGGUUUCAAAUUUGACUUUGAUCCUAAAUGGGUCCCACCAUUCCAACUUCAGCAUUUGAAUUUGAGUACCACAAAUAUAGGGCCUAAUAUCCUAACAUGGCUAUAUACACAACAGUCUCUAGAAUAUCUAGACAUUUCUACCUUAGGGAUCUCAAUAAUUGAUGCUGAUGUGUUUUGGAGGUUUGUAACAGGAAUUGAUUAUGUUGAUUCGUCAAACAGCAUGAUCAGUGAUGACAUAUCCAAUGUCACACUGUCAACAAUUAUCUCUCACUUUGAUGUAUCUCACAAUUCUUUGUCAGGCUCUAUUUUCUUAUUAUUGUGCCAACUAGAGAGUGAGAAGGAAAGCAUAUUGUCUUAUUUGGACUUAUCACAUAAUCAUUUAAGUGGAGCAAUUCCUGACUGUUGGGUUAAUGGGAAACGAUUAGAAUACCUUAAUUUGAGGGGUAAUGAGCUAGAGGGUAAAGUUCCUCCCUCCAUGGCCUCAUUGAAUCCUUGGAUAUUGGAUUUACGUGAUAACAAUUUCUUUGGCGAAUUUUCAUUAGACAUAUCAAAUUGGACAAAUUUGCAAUACCUUCUUUUGGAGGGAAAUGAAUUUUCUGGAAGUUUGCCAACUACAAUGCCUCCGCGUUUGGUAGUUUUCAAGUUGAGGGCCAACCAAUUUGUUGGUGAGAUUCCAUUACAAUUGUGCAAUCUCUCUUCUCUUAUGAUAUUAGAUCUUGGUGAUAAUAAUCCUUUUGGAUCCAUAUCUCAUUGCUUAUAUAACAUUAUGGAUUCAACUGAUCAGCUUUUGUGGGCAGAAACUAUAAACAUAUAUACUAAAGGAAGAGAAUUAGAUUAUGCUGACAUUUUGUUUUUGUGGAUAAUUGAUCUUUCCUCUAACAAUUUGUCUGGAGAAAUUCCUAAAGAGCUAUUUAGUAUGAGUCAAAUGCAAUCUUUGAACUUGUCUCAAAACCAUUUGAGUGGAAAGAUUCCCAAAGAAAUUGGAGGCAUGAAAAAUUGGAAUCUCUUGAUCUCAGCCACAACAGACUUCAUGGAAAAAUUCCUUCAGCCAUCUCUAAUAUAUCUUUUCUUGCUUACUUGA